AUGCGAAGGGCGGUGACGAGCGAUAUACCCGCGUUGUCGACGGCGAGCGAGUAUUUUUUCAAGCUCGGUGCGGAGGGGAAACGCGUGCGACCGACGGUUUUGAUGCUCAUGGCGAGCGCGAUGACGAACGGGGUGAUGACGAGCGCGGCGCAGGGAGGGUGGAGAGAAACGGAUCACGCGCCCGCGCACCAGGCGCCGGCGGACGUGCGGCGACGACAACAACGCCUGGCGGAAAUUGCGGAGAUGAUCCACGUCGCGAGUCUGUUGCACGAUGACGUGCUCGAUAACGCCGCCACGCGUCGGGGACUGCGGGCGUUGAAUUUGGAGGUGGGCAACAAGCUGGCGAUUUUGGCGGGCGAUUUCUUACUCGCGAGGGCGUCGGUGACGCUGGCGUCGUUGCGUAAUACAGAAGUCAUCGAGCUCUUGUCUCGAGUUCUCGAGCAUCUCGUCGCGGGAGAGGUGAUGCAAAUGACGGCAAAACCGGAAAGUUUGUCGUCCAUGGAUCACUACGUGAAGAAGACGUACUAUAAGACGGCGAGUCUCAUCGCUAAUAGUUCAAAAGCCAUCGCCUUGCUCGGCGGGCACGGGGAAGAAAGCGCGCAACUGGCGUACGAUUAUGGGAAAAACCUCGGAUUGGCGUUUCAGUUCCAAGACGAUGUUCUCGACUUCAUCGGAUCUGAGUCUCUUCUCGGAAAACCGACGCUUGGCGACUUGAAAGAAGGCAUCGCUACGGCGCCGGUGCUCUUCGCCGUGCAGGAAUUCCCUGAACUCUCAGACCUUGUCGAGCGAAGGUUCAAGCACUCUGGCGACGUCCAGCGCGCGCACGAGCUCGUAAAGAGCAGCCAGGGCAUCGCGCGAACUCAAGAACUCGCGCGUGAGCACUGCGACUUGGCCAUCGCUGCGAUUGACCGUCUUCCCGCGUCAGAGUCCAAGUACGCGAUGCACUGCAGACGUGCGCUCAAAGAGCUCGCCAAACGCGCGGUGGAACGCUCAAAGUGA